CUCCGCUCAACGCAGCAUCAUUAAUCGUCUCUCGCCCCGUCUGUUGUUGCCAGACCCUUGCGGCUCAAACAUCAGCAGUUGGCCAUCCCUUUCACCUCUGUGCCCCCGAAGCAACGCGUGGGAAUCCCUCGACUGCUCGACUUGCCAGACCGCGCCCCGUCACCCCGGCACCGUACCGCCACGAUCAUUCGGCCUGCCAGACGAGAGCGCAUUCUGCCGGAUUGACAUCUGGACGGGCAUCCGCCGCACGCUUCAUUCACGAGGGAACAUUCGGGGAAGACGGAUCAUUGAUGGAUCCUCACGAAGUCGCCAUUGCUGCCCUCAAUCAGGUCGCCCAGUCUCCGCAUCGCCGCCAGCCUUCCGCGGGUAACGUCGCCUCAUCGCGGUCAGAUCCGAACGCGACGGGUGUCGACAUGAAGAGCAAUGCGAGGGAGGAGAACGCGGCCGGCGCGCAGGAACAAUCCCAGCACAUGGGAGGAUCUGGCGGGACCACGUCGAACGCUGGAGGAAGCCAGGAAUCCCAGAGCAGCACAGCUCGAGCGCUGCAGUCGACGUCGAGUAGUAACAACUCGCAGUCGACGGCAGAUGGACAUGACGGCGUGUCGACGCCGCCGACCUCGACCUCCGAUGGCUUCUCCUCCCAAGGCACGACUCAGGAUGGUCAGAUUUCCCAAUUAUCGCAACUCUCGCAGCUUGCUGCUGCUCAGCAACCGAUGGCUACUCCCCCGGCGGCGCGACCGAACAUUGCCGUUGCUUCAACUGCGGGGCAUAAGAGAACAGCAGAUGGGCAGGUGAAGCCGCCUUCACCAGCCAGCCCCCGCGAAUUUCGCGUUCGUGGUCAUUCAAGGACCACGAGCGCCGUCAGUAAUAUAUCUUCUGGUACGAGUAGUAGAAUUGGAGAGCUGUCUGCGGAACUGCGGACGCGUUUAUCUUACGCAAUGGUCAAAGUUAACAAUGGAUGGCAAUCCAACACAAUUGAAGAGGUGGAGUCACUGGCAUCCCAGGCUGGAUCGCCGACAUCAUCGACUUCGACAUUACACGGGCGCAGGAAUCACGUUGCGUCGCCACGCGCAACUAUGAUUGCUCUCCAAGGCCAGAAUCGCAACCCGAUGCACCCAUUAAUGCAAGCCCCUACAGAGGAUUUCGACUUGUACUCCAGAAGUGAGCCAUCAUUAAGGACAUACGAGUCCUUCUGGCGCGACCACUCUUCCAGCGUCCCCCCUCACCGUUCCUACAUCGCAUCUCCACCCACCACCAAAGCCUUCCUCGCACCCCCGGCCGAUAUCCGACCCUCGACCAACUCGCGCCGAUCACACGCUUCGAAAUUCGCCAAACCACCUGCAAUCCCCGGCCAGGGGUCCAAUUCUCCCCUCAACACCUCUACUCCUCGCACACCGAUCCGCGCGGAUCUGAGAGAGAAGCCGAUGCAAACCCCUACUCAGAAAACAAUCCAGGAACAAGACGCGAUCGAGACGCUGCUGUUCAUGAGCAGCCCCGGCAAUUCAGGGACCAUGGGACACGCUCCCUUUCCCGGGGCGAGACCGAAUCCGAACCUCGCGAGUCCGCAGCCGAAUCCUCUAAGAGUAGAGUACAACGCGCAGGAACGAGGAGGGCGCGGAGCUCAGGGUAGGAGAGUAGGUUUUGAAGAGAUCACGACGGAAACCGACGACAGCAGCGAGACGCGGGUGGAAAGGACGAGCAAGCUAGACAGAGUAGACGACGGAAGCAGGGAGGACGCGCUCGAUCGCCUACUCGACGAGAUGAGUGACGCGAGCAGUGACGACGAAGAAGUCGUGCUGAGUUAUUCCCCGCGGGUCGCUGCUGGGCGUGCAUAGCCCGCGUUGUUCCGAUCCCCAAGGGAUCUUGUAUAUUUGAUUGAUUGAUUGAUUGAUUCAUUAACAUCACCAUCGCCACGUUACGGAGUUCUAUAUAUAUUGGAAAUUGGGUGGGCAGGGGAGGGGAGGGGAGUCCGGAUUUGCCUUACUUACUUGGUUUUCUUUCCAUCCUAUCUUCAACUAAGCAUCUGCAUCUGCAUCUGCAUCUGCAUUAUCAUCUACCAUCUACAAAGCCUGGAUCAUCAGUUCGGCCUUGUGCG